AUGGCCCUAAGGCAUUUCGGCCUGCAGAUGAAACAGAAGGGGGAAGCGGGCAUAGCACAGUACAAGGGCAGCAUGUGGGACGGCCCAGCCAUACAGCUCAUCAGGAAGCAUAAUAAGUAGAAGGAGCAGAUGAAGGUGCUGAAGCAGCGCAUCGCCGAGGAGACCAUCAUAAAGUCGAAAGUGGACAAGAAGUUCUAGGCCCACUAUCAUGCUGUGGAGGUCAAGCUGAAGCUGAGCAAUGUGGGCCUGGUGACCCUGAAAGACAUGAAAGCCAAACAGGAGGCUCUGCUGCAGGAGUGGGAGAGGCAGCUGGCCCAGAGGAAACAGCUGGAGGAGCACAAGCUGCAGUUGGAGAUGCUGGAAGAGGAGCGCAAGUGUGAGAUCGCCAGCCUGUCCUUCUUGCUUGAUGAGCUCGACGGUGAUGAUGGUGACCAGGGCCAUGGGGUGCAGACCAGCACAAGCAAGAAGAACGUGGGUGAGAAUUCCAAUGUGGACACCAGCUUCCUGCCAAACCUCGAGUGCAAGGAGGAAGAGAAGUGGCUGCUAGAAGAGCUGCGCAAAGCCAAGCAGGAGCAGGUGAAGAGUGAGGAGAUGGAGAUCACUUUCAGCUACAGGGAGAGCUUGGGGCACCAGCACACCACGCACAUGAGCAAGGGCAGCACCGUGCAGCAGUUCCUGAAGAAGGCCCUGCAGGGUCUGCACCAGGACCUCCAUGAGCUCAGUGGUGGAUUAGAAUAGCUUAUGUACAUCAAGAAAGAUCUCAUCCUACCCCACUACCACACCUUCCAUGACUUCAUUGUCACCAAGGCCAGGGGCAAGAGCGGGGUGCUUUUCCACUUCAAUGUGCAUGAUGACACAUGGCUGCUCACUGACACCACCGUAGAGAAGGACAAGUCACACGAGGGCAAGAUCAUGCUGCAGAGCUGGUACCAGAAGAACAAGCACAUCUUCCCCACCAGCCGCUGGGAGCCCUAUGACCUGGAGAAGUGGGAAAAGUACACCACCCAAUGA